AUGAACAGCUUCGAACAAGACCAGAACCAAGCUACACCUCUGCAAUUUUUUGCAAACAAGGAAGAGUUGGACCACUUUCUACAACAUCACAUCCCGGACCCUAGUCAACCCUUGAAGAACCCGCAAGUGGCUCAAUUCUUCAGCGAGCAUUUUGACAAAUUAGCGGGCGGAUGGAAAAUGACGGAGAAAGACGCGGUAGAAGAGAGCAUUCCCGUCACGCACGGCUGUCGAUUCAAGAGCAAUGAACCUUGCGAAGACUACUUCUCCUUUGGCACCUCCCCCGGCCCUGGCUCCCAGCCCUGGAAUUACUGGUCCAUAAUGGACGGACAUGCCGGAAGACACACGGCGUUUUACUUACAAUGGACGCUCAUCCCGUCCUUGUCCAGUGCCCUGCUAACCCUUCCUUCUUACUCAUCGCCCUUCGAGAUCGAAUCAACCAUCAAAAACACCUUCCUCCGAAUCGACCAACAAAUUCUCGACUCAGCCCGCACAGCAGCAAACUGGUUCCCUGCAGCAAACGCUGCCGCCAUCGCCGCCCUAACUCCCGCAUUCUCUGGCUCCUGCGCGCUUCUCGCUGCUUUCGAUCCUGAGAAUUCUACGCUACGAGUAGCCUGCACAGGCGACUCUCGCGCCGUUCUCGGCCGCUGGGAUGCCUCAACUCAAUCGUACACUACCAUCGCGCUCUCCGAAGACCAGACUGGCUUUAAUGAAGCUGAAGUCAAGCGCCUGGCAGAAGCACAUCCGGAUGAACCUGAUAUUAUCGAUCCAAAAUCUGGUCGCCUAAUGGGCAUAGCCAUAACUCGUGCCUUUGGAGACCAUAGAUGGAAAUGGGACAACGAGUUUAUCAAAACCGUACAGGCGAAGUUCUGGGGGUCUUCACCACGGCCCAACUCAAAGACGCCGCCAUACAUGACUGCUGAACCGGAAAUUACAGAGACUCAGAUUGUAAGAGUAGAAAAGGACGAUGUGCGCCAGAAGAGCGAUUUCAUGAUCAUGGCAUCCGACGGCCUUUGGGAUCGAAUCUCGUCUGAGCACGCCGUGGAGUGUGUGGAGCGCUGGUUAGAAGCGAAGGAGCGCGGGAAUGGCGAGGUUAGGAACGAUCCUAAAUUGCAGGCCAACCCAGCCCAGUUUGGCAAUCCGAUGAUUGAGGAUCCUGGGUUCACCUACAACGCCGAGACAGGCGAGCAGGUGGACUGGAAGGCUACACCGGAAUACUUUGCGAUCGAGGACGAAAAUGCAGCUGUUUGCCUUGCGCGAAACGCCAUGGGUGGAACCCGAAGGGGCUUGUUUAUGGGUGUGUUGAGCGUGCCGCCACCGAUGGGCCGCUACGCUGUCGACGACACCACCAUCAUGGUCGUCUUCUUUGAUAAGUUGGAGAAAGAGGGAGUGGCAAAGCAGGCUGCGUCGCGGGGAGCGAUUGGCGAGAGAAAGAGUUGGUGGACGUUCUGGUAG